AUAUCUUUCGUGAUGAGAGAAUCCCAUUCUCUUUGAGACUUUUCUUCCUCUCUGUGAUUGUUUAGCUGUUGGUCCUUGGAUACAUUUUUUGGCCGGGAAUGAAAAGUUUCUUUUCCAUUUACACAGAUCGAAUAGCGAUCUAAAAGAAUUCACAAUGGCCCCAAAUAUCCGAGAGUUUAUCUCGGAUGGAUUUGAGGCUCUCAAGUUGGUGAGGAUUAUCAUAACUGCUGGCUUUUUUAGAAGAUAUUAAUUUACUAAUAUAUCAUAGGUAGCUCGUCUAUCAUGGAGACGUAACCUGAAAGCUUGGAUUCAAGUUCCUUUUGGCAUUGUUUUGAUUCUAUUAGCAUGCUUCGGUGUCAAUGCUCUCAUAGGACUCAGUUCUGUCUCAUUUCCUGCAUCGGUGGCAUGCUUAAUUUUACUAUUUUUUAUCCUAAAUAUUAUCGAUCUUCUCAUUGGACACCAAAGGACGAGAGCAUUGGUAUCAGUUAUUGAUAUUCCAUCAGGAUGGGCUCUCCGUUAUAUCAAUGUCUUCUUCACACCCUCGUGAGUCCCCACCUUCACAUGGAUGGGAUCAAUUGAGAUAGCUGGAUGAGACUCUGAAUGUUUAUAGUUUCGUCCUGUUGCCAUUGAGUGAUAGUAUUACUGCUGCGGAAGUAGGCAAAAUCAUUGGGGUAUUCCGUCAGUAUAUUGUCGCCAUAUCCAUCUUUUAAUCACUAAUGUCUUAAAGUGAUUGGGUUUUUGGUCAUGUUCGCUGUCACUGCCUGGCUAGUACGCGGCCUUCAAAUCCUACUAGGUUCAAGCAAGCGUGCUAUCAUAGAGAGGGCCGAAGAAAUGGGUGCCGAGAAUGAUGCCAUUCCUCUAGCAGUAUCAAGUAAUACAAAUUUCACAUCGACCGAUACUGUCAGUCCUAUACAAGAGCAGGAACCGGCUGUGGUCAGAGUAUCUAGAGACCCAAGAGAUUCUCCGGAGACAGAAAGUCCACCCCAGAACCUGUUUCUGAUACCGUUGCGGUCGAACAAGAGCCGUUACCCCUCACACGAGCUCAGAUUUGGGCAGCGUUUAUUAAUAGAAAUUUGGAUAUACUCACUUACGGUGUCAUAUUUCUUUUCAUAGGGAUCCCAGUCUACUAUGCUACCGGCUAUGCAAUGCCAGUACAACUUACAUUCAAUAUACUAGCCUAUUUCGCAGCACAAUCUCUCUCAGUUCGAUGGAAGCAAUUCUUACAUCCUGUACUAUUGUCAUCUGGCAUUACUAUAAUUGGUAUAUGGAUUUUAGGACUUAUCAGAGGCAAUAACCUGGAUGAAGUUUUGGGUGCUUACAGAACCAACACUAAAUAUAUUGCCUACUGGGAUGGAGAAAGGAACCUUCCUCUACCUGGAGCUGGUGAUAUGUUGUAAGUUCUUCAAGUUUAUAUACCCAUCUAUUAGCCUUCAACUUACUAAGUUCCUUGUCUACAAUAGUAAUAGCGUACUUGACGCCUCUAUUGUCUCCCUCGCUCUCCCCAUGUUUCAAUACCGCCAUGAACUAAAAAACUCACUUCAUCCCCAUUACAAUUCCAAGUGUUGUUCUAGCCAUCGGUUCACUUUUUGGCUACCCACCUCUCUGUUAUUCUAUCGGCAUAUCCCCUCCAAUUUCUCUUUCCUUCUCCGUGCGUUCUCUAACGCUUGCGCUCGCUACCCCCGCCGCCAGUAACCUGUAAGUAUCACUAGCCACUUUUCCCAACCUUCCAACAUAUCCGUAACAAACUAACCAUACUCUGCUUUCUUUAGCGGUGGAAACACUAACGCUGCCGCUGCCCUUGCCAUAAUGUCAGGUAUCUUCGGCGUCCUAAUCGGUCAUCGUCUCCUUUCCUUCCUCAAAAUUCGCCCUGAUGAUUACAUAACCAUCGGUGUUGCCAUGGGCGGAAAUGCUAGUGCAAUAGCUACUGCAUUACUACUAGCUAGUGACCCCAGAGCAGCAGCACUGAGUAGUUUGAGCAUGAGUCUCUUUGGUAUUGUGACGCUGGCAUUGACUUCUGUGCCGCCGGUGGUAGAGAUUAUUAGAGGGUUGGCCGGGUUGUAGAGAAUUGGAUGCGGGUGAAAUGAAUAAGGACAGGUGUUAUUGAUAGAAUAGAAAUUUUAGAA